CAAAAUGGUGGCAUUUUGUUUGGCCGCAGCGUACAUAAAAAAAAGUCGUGUAUAAUUUAGCCGCAAACACCAACAAAAGUGAGCAAAUAAUCAAAAACGUGCGAGCGAGAGAUAGCGGUAAAGCGAGCAGAAAUAUAAUUACACGAUAUCGUUCAGCAAUUAACACGAAAUUUGAUCAUCGAACAGUUGUGUGUGGCAAAGGGUAGCGGCCUGCCUGCCCGUGCCCGUGGAUAUUUUGUUUGGUGGUACCCUACUGGUGGGUCGAUUGCGCUGCUCCAAAAAGGUGCCCCAAGCCACCCCGGUGGUGGUUGGGCCACGACGAGGUUCUAGGCUGCUGGCAGUACGCACCAGCUGGAAGCGGCGACACCAAAACAACAAAACAAAACAAAACAACAAGAACAAAAGAACAACAAAAACAAACAACCUGCAAAGUGCAUUUGCAUUUGCAUUUGCAUUGGCGGUUAAUUGGAUUAGUCAGUAGCGGAGAUGGCCACGACACAGCAAUAUUCGCUGAGGUGGAACAACUAUCUGCGCCACCUGACCUACUCCCUGGACAACCACCGGCUGAACGAUGACUUCGUCGAUGUCACCCUGUGCGUGGAUGGCAGAAAGAUUAAGGCGCACAAGGUGGUGCUGUCCUCGUGCUCGUCAUACUUCAAGGAGAUCUUCAAGGAGAAUCCCCAUCCGCAUCCAGUCAUUAUAUUUAAGUUUAUCAAAUUCGAAGAUCUCAACUCGAUAAUCGAGUUUAUGUACCAGGGUGAGGUGAAUGUACAGCAGGAGGCACUGCAAUCGUUCCUGCAAACAGCCGAGCUGCUUGCCGUCCAGGGCCUUACCGCCGAGGAGAAGGAGAAGCCGCAGCUGCCAACGUUGCCGCUCAGCGAUCAUAAGCUCAUCAAGACCAUACCCAGCACCAUAAGAGCGGUGAACGAUCAGCAGCAGCAGCAGCAGCAACAGCAACAACAGCAGCAGCAGGUGCCCAGUGUGGCACAGGCGCAGACAGCAACGCAAACCAUCGAAAUACCCACGGCCACACUGUUGCAGGCAACGGCUGUCAGUCAGGUUCAGACGCAAGUGGCUGCUGCCGCCCAGCUUCAGGUCCAGCAGCAGCAGCAGGCACAGUCUCAGUCACAGCAGCAGCAACAGCAGCAGCAGCAGCAGCAGCAGCAUCAUCAUGUACAAACCACUCAAAUACAACACAUCCAGGUGCAAUCGGCGCCACCACCACAGCAGCAACAGCAACAGCAGCAGCAGCAAUCGCAGCAGCAGCAACAACAACAACAACAAUCACACCCACUGCCGACAACGCCACAGCAUUUGACCAUCACGAAUGCUGUGGCACUGUCAGCGGCCAAGAAGCGUAAACUGACGUUCUCCGACGACGAUGACAACAUCUACACCACCGAAACGGUCGCCUAUGCCAGCAAGGAUGACCAGACAAUUGUUAAAACCUCGGAUAUGACCUUUCUGCGUGGUGCCGUCAAAAUGGAUAUUCCCGACUAUAUUGUGAGCGAGGUGGACGAUCGACUGUCGGAUGGUGCCACGCCGCAGACGUCGCAGGAUGCCACCACCGGUGCAGCGCAGACGGUGGCCCAAUACUCAUCCGAAUACGAGAUACUAACCGAGUCCGAGAUCGAGGAGAAAUAUCAAGCGGAUGCGGAAAACGCCGAAAUAGCCAUCGAAAUGACCCGCCUGUUGGGCAGUGGGACGGGUGCAACAUCCACGCCCCAUGCUGUGCUGGAGGAUGGCAGCCCGUCGGCAGUUGCCGCGACUACGGUGUCCCUGACGCCGGUCAAGGCGGACAGCAAGGGCAACAAUGCGCCGCCAAAUGAUUCGCCCAAUAAUAAGUGGACAGAGUGUCAGUUUUGCAAAAUGGUUAUUACCACGGUUAAUCUUUGGAGACAUAUUCGCACCCAACACACACCACAGCCGCCGCGCAAAUGUGAUCUCUGCAAUAAGAAUUUCAAAAAUAAAUACAGCCUCCGGGGAGCACAUACGCAUCUCGCACGAGCAGAAGGUUACCAUUAAGACGGAGAACUGAUGGACGGCAAUCUGCACGACUGCCGAGACAUACAUCAGCCUCAAUAUGAUGAAUAUGGGCAGCAUACGAAACUAAAUAAGGAACCCAAAAGAGAGAGCGAGCGAGCGAGCGAGCGAAAGAGAGAGAUUCCAAGAUAUAAAUAUAGAGCAUAACGUCCAAGUAGCAAUAGAAACUCGAAAGAUUACUCUUUCCAGUCCACACACAAAACAAACA